CUUUUACAUACAAUCUUUUUGUUUUCGAUGUCAUGUAGAAGUUAGUCACUACCAGUUUUAAUGUUUUACUGAAUGCCGACGCGGCAUCUUUUUUCCCCGAAUUGUGUUUGUGCAGGCGAAGCUGAAAGAUGUUAAAAACAUGAAUUGGUGUAAAUUCAUUGUCGACUUCCUGCAUGAUGCAUUCUCAAAUAAGAUGUACCAAAAGGGAUGUCGCUUGCAUCUAAUGGCAAGGGCACCUGUUGAGCACCUAGUUGAGAAGUUUGCUUCCGACAUGACCAGCUUGCUUGGGAAGUUGGUCGAGGGUUGGACAACACUUAACGGUUCUGACAGUGAUGCGGUUGCGAGGCACUUCACAUCAUUUAUUGGAAAACAGACACAUCGUCCAACUUUUUGUCGUGGCUGGUAUGACUACAACAGCUCUGAGGAGCUUCCUAACACACAAGAUGAGCUAGACGGGGAUGGUUUUGGUGGCAUUGAUGCUGGUCUCGACAAGGACGGCAACGAUGACAUGGAGAAUGUGCCGCACGACAGUGACCACGAUGAACAUCACGAAGAUCAUGUGGGGGGCAAGCAGGACAAGGCUGCACCGAAAGUUCCUCUACCGGAGGGAGGCAUUGAUCUGAAUGCUGCGAGAGACACGGGGGUUUCGCUCUCAAAGAGGGGCAGGGCUCCAGAGGAUGAUGUCCAAGGCAAUGUUGGGGAGAGGUGUAGGGCUGAUCCUGUAGCUGCUAGGAGGAGUGAGGCGACAGCUGGUGGAUGAUCAGUUAAGCAGAAACAAGCACCUACGGCAACCUGUGUUUCUGCCCGGUUGAACAAGGGGGCUCCCGCAGCUGUUGCCACCACCUCCACUAGGUCGUCUCCUCGCACAUCAACGUCCAACAUCGGGGAUCCUAUCGUGCUGGAAGACUUGAGGAAGACAACCAAGAAGGUCAAGAAGACUACUACACGCUUGACCAGUCGUACUACCAGAGACCCACUUGAACGCAUUCACUCCAAGUUGUCGACAUCUGAUGUUGCAGGCAUUCAUGAGCUGCCAGUCGACCAAUCUGCUGAUGCACCGUCCAUUGUUUCUGCUAGCUCUGAUGCAAGGGGCCGCGCAUAUCCGCCGGUUGCAGAUGUGCAGACAACAACGGCAGACAUCCGUACAUCUGGGAGUGAUGAGUCUGUAUCUGCCAGGACUGCUGAGAUAUUGCCUACCCUGGUGGCAAUGAGAGAUGUUGUUGUCACCCAUGCCACCCGAUCAACAAGUGUUGAAGUGGACGCUCCCGAGGUCAACCUAAACAAGGAAGAUUCCCGCUCAUCUGAUACGGAUUCCAAGCAUGUGGCUGGUAGCACUUCUGUGUCCACGAAAGAAGGGGAUGCGACCACAUUUCAGAAUGAAAUGCCAUCCAUAGUUGACUCUCAUGUCCCAACGGCUCCAGCAGCUGGUGGUCCACUGGCUGCAACUGUUACCGUUGUGCGGUCUGGCCUACCACCUAGGCUGCGUAGCCCCUGCAAGAUUCCUGCAUAGUUAUCCAAUGCACCACAGGUAGUUAAGAGCAGCAGAGAUGACUCUGGUUACGUGUCUGCUUCCACACUGUUCCCACCGUCUGCCAAAAGCAAUGUACCUGAUAAGACGGAAGUCAUUAGUACAACAGACGCAGCUGGUAAGCCGUGCUCUACUGAAGGAGGUGGACGUUCAGAGCACACUGCGUCUUUCACUGUCGUGGAGAACACCAGCUUAAAUCUGCGCACUUCUAAGCUCCCUGUCAACGUUGGUGUCCCCUACAUCCCAAACAGGAAGAUAUGCAAGAAACUUGUGGUUGAGAUUGCUGACAGCACGCCCCGACCUACUAACAAGCCUGAUGAUCUUGCAUCAGAUGAGGGAGACAUGUUUGUUGAUCUGUCACCUCUAGACUCUACCAAUCAAUUUGUCCGCAAUCCGGCUCGUAGAUAGCAGAGGCACCCCAUGGCUUUCACCCCACCGAGCUUUAGUCUAGGAAUCGACAGUACUCCAGAUGUACAAGUGCACAAUCCUAUGCCUGUUGCUUUUUCUUUCCCGGCAGGCAUGGUCCCAAUGAUGGCGCAACCACUGACUGAUGGCAGGAAGGCUGUCAAGUUUGCAGAUCCCAUAGUGCAAGGUAAAAAAAAUUGGGUUCUCAACUGUGGUGGCAAAUCUCAUGGGAUGCACAUGCAGUUGUCAUUUCUUGGUUCUGUAGAGGUUGAUGCAUGGCUACUAUAGUUGAUGACACAUGGCAAUUUGCAGUUGUUGCCAUGUGGCAACUAUAGUGCAUUGUGCUUGGCAAUUGCAGUUGUUGC